AUGGUAGCUCUUCACCAGCCUCCCACUAUGCUCCGUAGCAGUUUCAACGCUCCACAUUCUCCUUACGGUGUUCCACAACAUCGUCCCGGAAUACCACAUGUUCACGUAGGCCUCAAUGGGGGUGUAAUGGCUCCUCAAAUGUACCAAUAUUAUCCCUCGCGUCCUAUGCCCGGAAUGCCAAUGCCUCCUCCACGUCAACCAUUCAGCUCUCCAAAUCCUCCCAUGCACAUGCCCUAUCCCAUGCCACCGCCAAACUUUAGAGGAAACCACGGUGGUUCAGGGUAUGGUGGUUGCAGUGGAAGUAACUGCGGUCAUUGGGGUGGUUGUCACAGUGGUCAUUGCGGUAUCUUCUACGACUUCCGUCCAUGCCACUCAACAGAAUGCUAUGAUGGACCUGUUCAUGGUUUUGACUGCUUUGAUGGCUAUUGCCAACGUGUCUGCAAUGGUAGCAUUUGCAGAGACUUCAUUCAACGCGGAUGCAGUGGAAAGAGCUGCCGUGACGAUGAAGAGGAAGCAGGAUCAGAUGAAAAGCGAUCUGAAGAUAAAAGCUAA